AUGUCAUCUCCAUUGCCUGUCAAUGCAAAACAAAACUACCAACAUCCACGCGAUGGUGACAAUACUACCAGCAGUAGCAAUGGCAACGAAGACUCUCAACAGGAUAGAGCUGCUUCCAUUGCUCGUCUAAGCUCUUCUCCUGUUCGCUACAGCAGCUCUCCUCCUCGCAGCAUAAGUUCUGGAAGAUCGUAUGGUAGCACCGAUAUUGAUGCCGUCAUGGCUGGUUCCACUGGCUUGUUUCGUCCCUUGUCAACGCCCACCUACAACUAUGAGGACAACACCGUAUCAGUGGAUUUGCCUGAAGAUCAAGUAGCUCGUGUGGUGAAACGACAUUUGGUGGAUACAACAUCACCGGCAGGCUCCAUUAUAGGCACAAGUGGAGGUGGUGGAGGUGGUGGUGGUAGUGGAAGUUCUGUACAACGCAUUCAAUCCAUUGAUUCCACUGGAUCCUCUGGAAGUAAUAUCAAAUCGGUGCAUCAAUUACCAGGUGGUGCUAUCACACACGACAUUUAUAAAUGGGCCGAAGCUGCUGAUAUGGAACAAGCUCGUCGAACAAGAUCUCAAUCCGUUUAUAUCCCACGCAAUGAACCUUCGGAUCCUGCAUUGGCUCGUUUACGUGACCCCGGAGGCUUUCGUCGCUACUUUGUUUAUGAUCGAGCUGCUCGCCAAGGAAAAGAACCUCCUCAUUGGAUGACUCGUACUUUUGUCGACUUUCUUGCAUUGUAUGGCCACUUUGGUGGUGAGGAUCUAAGUGAUUCGGAAGAUGAAGAUGAUGAUUCCGAAGAAGACAACGAGCGAACUGGACUACUCAGGGGUGAUGAUCGGGCAGCUCGUUUGAUUCGUCGUGCUCAAGAAAAUGCAGUUCAGGGCACUGCUACCCCUGGAAAGGCUGUUUUCCUAUUACUCAAGGCAUUCGUUGGAACAGGUGUCAUGUUUCUACCAAAAGCAUUUUACAAUGGAGGCAUCUUUUUCUCAAGCAUGCUCUUGUCAGCAAUCGCUUGUAUUUCCCUUUACAGUUUUUUGUUGUUGGUGCAAACACGUAACAAGGUCCCUGUAUCGUUUGGUGACAUUGGCGGAAUCUUGUUUGGCAAAUUCAUGCGAGUGGCGGUGUUAACAGCCAUUACGUUUUCGCAGGUUGGCUUUGUGUGUGCGUAUAUGGUCUUUGUGUCUCAAAACCUUCAAGCAUUGAUCGAAGCCUUGUCCGAUUGCACAAUUCAAACACCCCUGCCGUACCUGAUCUUGUGUCAGGCUGUUAUCUUUGUACCACUGGCUAUGGUACGCAAGAUCCAGAAAUUGUCCUCUUUUGCCUUGAUCGCCGACGUAUUCAUCAUGAUGGGAUUACUGUACUUGUACUAUUACGACUUUCUCACGCUCGCCACUCAUGGUAUCGGUAAUGUGGAAUGGAUGAUCAAUGCCAAAUCCUUCCCCAUGUUUAUUGGCACAGCCGUUUUCACCUACGAAGGCGUGGGUCUUGUGAUUCCCAUCACUGAGUCCAUGAAAGAGCCUCACAAGUUCCCUCGCGUCCUUGGAUUUACUAUGGUUGGCAUCACAGCUAUCUUUUUAUCGGUUGGCUUUAUCUCGUACCUUGCCUUUGGAGAUAAGGUACAAACCGUGAUCCUCCUCAACAUGCCAGCUACUCCCAUUGUCAACACCGUUCAAGCUUUGUACGCCCUUGCCAUUUGCUUAUCAAUCCCAUUGCAACUCUUCCCGGCUAUUCGCAUCAUUGAAAACAUCCUCUUUAGCCGAUCAGGAAAGCACAAUCCUAUAGUCAAGUGGGAGAAGAACGCUUUUCGUUUGGUGGCCGUAUUUAUUUGUGCAUGCAUUGCCAUUGCUGGUUCGAAUGAUCUCGACAAGUUUGUAUCACUGGUGGGAUCAUUGUGCUGCUUACCACUUUGCUUCCUAUUCCCGCCAUUGUUCCACUUUAAGGCUAUCGCAAGAACUCGCAUGCAAAAGAUGAUUGAUGUCACCAUUAUCGUAUUCGGUGUAGCGUCCAUGACUUAUGCAACAGGUAUCACCAUUGCACUGUGGUCUGAAGGUGGUGGAGGUGCCCCCAUCUCUCGAUGCGUACCCAAUGGCAACUGA